CGGAUGUACGAACACCUCAAUGUGACACGCUAAAACGCUUCUGGAAAACAAAAAACUGUGCGCAGUUGGUGGACGAAGUAUAAGAGGUCGUCGGUUUUGUUUUGCUGUUUUUUUUUACAUUAAGAUCAAUGUGCUGAAGAGAAACAACAGAGACGUGAUGUCACAACCGCAACGGGUGGUUCAACUGUCAGCGGCGUCGCUGGCUGUAGUGCUGUGUAAGGACGACGAAAGCUUAGGAGCUGGUGGAGGAAAAUGCAAUUCCACCAGUACGAACGGUCAAGAUAUUUUUAUGGAUUUUAAGUCCCAAAAUCUGCGUAGCUUCUGGAAUAAAAGACUUGUGAAAGCAGUGGCUGAAGUUUAUUUCCAGGGAUGGAUGGAGAAUUCAGUGCUACUUGUUCAAGGAAAUGGUAAUAAUUUGGCUGUAUUGAGGGAAGCAUGGAUGCGCCGGGCACUGAGGUCACCGAAAGGAUUCACGAUCAAAGCUGUGGGUGACUUGACCCCAGUGCAGAUGUCACCCAUCUCCCAGUCUCAGUUCAUCCCAUUGUCUGAGGUGUUAUGCUCUGUCAUAUCUGAUAUGAAUGCUUCUCACAUCAUGGUCAACCAAGAAGCACUGAUUAAUCACAUGACUAAAGUUCAUCCAGGAAUGACCAUUCCAACCCAAGACAUCCUCUACAAUGCCCUAGGAACACUCAUUAAAGAAAGAAAAAUCUACCACACCGGAGAGGGGUACUUCAUCGUCACUCCUCAGACAUAUUUCAUCACCAACAGCAUGCAAAAAGAGAAGAACUGGUGGACAAGUGAAAAUGAAUGUCCCUCUCCUCCUCCCAUCACCUACCUGGUAAGCAAUGAGAGCUGCAUGGAUGCCUCCACUGAAGUCCCCAUUAUGGCCCACUGCAAGUCCUGCAGUUGCUUCAUACCCCAGCCAACUGCUCCUCCAUCAGUCCAGGACCAGUCUAUUAGUAUAAGUGAAUGUACUGGAAAAAGCCUCAAGUGGCCAAAAGAUCACAAGCCUACUGUCCAGCAUCAGUCCACAUCUACGGCAGCAGACUACCAGGCCAGUGAGAUCAGCAAGUCCACAACCACUAGCCGUAAAGACAAAGAGAAAACUGGACGCAAGUUUGGUCUUAACUUGUUUCGUCGUAACACAGGGAAAAAGGAGAACAAGUUAAAGAAGGAAUAUGCCACUUUCUCUGGACAGUUCCCACCUGAGGAGUGGCCUGUCAGGGAUGAGGAUGAUCUUAAUAAUCUUCCUAGAGAUCUGGAGCAUGCCAUCAUUAAACGGAUCAACCCCGAACUCACUGUGGACAACCUGGUCCGCCAUACAGUCCUCAUGAAGAAACUAGAAGAGAAGGCAGAAAGAGUGACGAAAGCCCUAACUACUGACAAAGGCAUGUCCACAGAGGUCCUAAUUUCUAAGCAGAGGCACCAUUCAUCCAGGACUGCUGGCAAGAGAUCGGUCCCUAAAGCCAAUCGGAGCAAAAGAAGAGGUACCUCAUCCAAAGAGAAAAACAUACGGGCAAAAAAUAAGGAUGUCCCAUGUGGGGAUGAUUUGCACAGAGAUGCUCUCAGGCCUGAAAUAGUUCCAGAUGAACCUGACAAUCAUGAAGAUUGUGCUGAUUUAGAGGCAAAAUGUAUCUACAAGAAACGCAUAGAGAAUCCAUUUCAGUUGCUGCCAGGGAGGGACACAGUACCAGCCAUUAAUCACAAGGAACAAAGAAGGAGAGAAGUCAAAAUCUCUAGUCGACGAGAGCGAGCAGGUUACAGGUCAAAGUCCUGGGAUCCCCACCGUGCUAAAGGGCUUACUGAGGAGAUGGAGAAAUCCCACAUAUUAAUGGACAGAUCCUGUGAUCAACUUCAUGAAACAGAGCUAAGGGUGGACUCCAUUAUAGAUGCUAACCCCACUGAAGAGCUUUCUGGAGAUUACAGCUCCAUCUACCCUAAAAGCAGCACACUGAGGAUAGAAGACAAAGUCAAACUGAGGGACAAUAAAGUUAGAGGCAGAGAGUUCAGAGAUAGGAGAGGACAGGAAAUUAAAUACAAGGUUAUUCAAGAGAGAAAUUGUAAAGGUAUUUCUGAUCAAAAGCAUGUCAUGGGCCUCACUCCACAUCAGUAUGAAACAACAGAAUUACCUGUGUCAUGGCCCAAACCUAAACUUCAGCGUAGACUCUCUCUUCAUCUAGUGAACAGUAAGGAGGAAUCUGACCACUGUCCUGACCUACUGUCCACACACCAGCAAACUGGCAGCAUGGUAAGCAAACAACCAUUGGCAGACAAUGAGUGCAUGCGUAGAGACACCAGCCAUGCGGACAGUGAAGUGUAUACUGAUGAUGAGCACCACAUUUAUCAGAAUGUUGUGGAGGAGGAAGAGGAUGGCUGUAGUUCCCUGUGUCUGAAUGAGGAGUUUGUCAGUGAAGUUGUUCAUCCUGGUACAGCUCGUUGCCGAGAACCUGUCUGUCUUGAUGGGGACUGGGACAGCACUUUCAUGGAAAAUAAGCUGUCAACUCUUCCCCAAGAUCCUGAAUGCACUCAGAGACAGCACGAAUACAGGUGGCAGCCAACUGAUCAUCAGCAUACGAUGUCGCACUUGCUGACAGAUGCCAGCCCCGGUCAGAAGGCUCAGUGUUUGAAUGAAAGACCGCAUGAGCCCAGCCCAGGUCAUUGUGAGCCCACCAAAGCCCUGGACAGCAGCAUCUUUGAUUACUGUCAGACCAGUGAAAGGGAAUCAGAUGCUGAAACAGUUCUCAAGUCUGCAGAUGAAACAGAUGGCCAGUCCAAUCUUUGGAAUUGUCACUCACAAGGGAAGGACUACAAUCUGAGCCAGUCUCAAGCAUCUAAGGAUGCUGAUGACCAUCAGUGUACAAAUAUAAGUCAUGGUGACCAUACUGGAGUCUGUAUGGGAGAAGCAGCAGAGAAUCAAAGCAACACAGCAGACAGUGGAAUAGACUCGCCAAGAACACGCAUGAGUCUAACCUCAAGUAACUCAGCGAUACUGAAAGGAUUGACACGUCGUGGUCUCCUUCAGAACCUUGAAAAGCUCCAUUCCAAAAGCAAUGGCAUUCAUCCUCAGAGUUCCCUUCUCCAACUCACACCUGUCAUGAAUGUGUAAACGGCUGAAUGAAGAGUCACAACACUGCUUUGAGCUUGUUAGGUUGUCUAUGUAUAAAUGUAUAUAUUUAUCACUAUUAGAUGUAAAUAUCUUUCCACACAAUAUUAUACAGUACAUUCAGGUGACAUUUUGGGCUACCUGACUACUGAUAAAGGGAUUAUAUAUUUUUAUGUGCUAUUUUCAUACAAUCCUGUUUAUAAGGUGGAAUGGUUUAUAAUCCUAUUAUAUUGUUUUAUCAUUUAAAAGUAAAAUAUCACAAGUGUAAACAAA